AUGGAUUCGGUUUUCUAUAUAAAAUUUGGUUUAUUCAUCCUUUUCUUGGGAAUUUUACAACCUGUUUUCGUUAAUGCAGAAAAUUAUGAUGCAGUAGUAAAUUUGGAUGCUAGUACAACAUGGUAUGGAUGUGAAAAAGGAACCUCACAAAGUGUUGCGUUUUCGGUUGUAUUGACAGAUGGGACAAAAACUACGAAAGAUACCGGUUACACAGAACCAAAUAACCUUUAUAAAUCAGAAGCGCCUGGGUUCAUUGUUGUUUUAGCAAACAACAUUAGCAUGCAAAAUUAUAUUGAUCCAUUACUUCAGAUGUCUGACUAUUAUCCAAGUCUUUCAUGUUGGUCGUAUAAGCCAGUUGUUCCGGUGACAAAUUGUACGAAAUCAGGCAAAGUAGCUGGUGGACUACAAAAUCUUUGUAUUGCAGUGACGAAUCCAUCCUCAAACCAACUACAAUUCCAGUUGAAUAUUGCGUUUUAUGAUCCAAGCAAUCCUCCAAGCAUUACUGGAUCAAGUUCUAACCCUUCAAAGACUAACUCGGGCAGUAGCACUGAUAGCGCGGAUGGCACUACUGGAUCAGGCUCUAAUCCUUCAAAGACUAACUCGGGCAGUGCUAUUGCACAAAUCCUAAAGAAUAGUGCCGAUAUUCUAGCAUUGAAUUUAUCCCCCAUUAUUCUUUUAAUGACUUUUUCUACCUUAAUGUUAAAAAUUUCGAACAAAUCAAAAUUAUCUGUUCAAAUGAAUCGAAAGUUCGGCAUAAAAAUUUUUCGAAUCUUUGUUUUCCUUUGGACUCUCACUAUAACUCAUUCAACUCCCAUUAUUCGUCGUAACGAUGUUGACACGUCUGACCUUUUAUCGGACACUGGCGAUCAUUUUAUGGUCGAUCUUGGUGCACUCGACGGCUCUAAAUUCUUUCCAUCAACAGCUGAAUUAACGAGUGAUGACAAUGAGCCAGAUGCCACUGUCACCGACACGUCCACAACAACUGGAACACCGCAAAAGAAUAAAUUGCGCCGUCCCCAUAUAAGAAGUAGUACGUACGUCCCUGGAUUGGGGUACAUUUCCGAAAAGAAAUUGGAAGAAUUGCCAAAAGGUACGACUCAAACGUCACAGACAUCGGAAUACAGCGGAGAUGACACACAAGCGAAUAGUCUCUCGUUGGAAGAUCAAAAAAAUAUAAAAGAUUUUGAGCACACUAGUGGCUCUCAUAUUCCGCCGGGAUUAAAGAAACAAAAAGUUCAAUUGAUUAAUCCUCAAACUCAGGAGCAUGAGCAUACAGUUAUUACAGAAUAA